UGGAUUGCGAAUAACACCAGGGUUUGCCAUGAUAUGAUGGUCAUUCAACCACUCACGAGGCUCUCAUGCUUACCCCAAAAUGCACAUGCCCAUGUCGUUUCUAGUCACGUUCUAGGUUCUGGCCCAGAUUGACAGGACAGCCCAGAUUUGAUCGCAUGAGAUCCAGAUGGUGAUAACCAUGCCAUAAUUGCCCUGGCUCUCGCCGAUGCCGAUGCCGAUGCCGAUUCUGGUUCAUUCGUUCCAAUGGUUUAUUCUUAGUCCACCUAUUCCCGUGCCGAUAGUAGGCCUCUUUCGGAGGAUUCAUCCUGUUGUUGCUGUGAGUGAACCCAUGAGGCAACGGCGCGGAGGAGAGAGAAAUCGGAGCCGAACAUUCGGCCAGCUAUCAUCAUGUGACCGAAAACGUGAUUUGGUAUCCAGCUACACCUGUCAACUCAAGCUACCUAAGCUAACCACCUUGUUGGCGAUCGCGACGAGACUAGCUUCGAGCAAUUGCUCAAUACACACUCCUUUUACAAUUCUCGCCAAUGCCACUUGUCGACCCCGUCGCCAUGUCGACAACACUUGUCAAGAGCGGGACCGCCGCCCAACAACCCGCGCCCAAGGCCGCCGUGCCCGCGAUUCCGCUUGUAAAUUCCCCUGCAGCUUUGCCCGCAUCAGUCGCUCAUCAGCUGUUGCUCGCUGGCCUGUUCUACUGGCGCUUCGAUGCCCUGGUGGCUGAUCCCGUUUCGACUCUUCAGACUGGCCUCCCAGUUGUUGCUGCCAUUCAGGCUGUCUAUCUUAUACUGAGUCUUCCACCAGCGGGAUCCUCGGGCUCCUCGAAGAAGCCUCGUCCUGGUGAGAAGAAGAAGUCGGAUGGACGGGAGGCAAAGGCUAUUCCUACCGCCGUUAUUUCAUUGCUCCUAGCUCUAAUCCUGACGCCGGUUCUUCAUCUCCUCCUUGUCCUCUUUGGCGCGCCAUUCCUUACACACGUUCCUCAUACAUUCUUGUGCUGCGCACAUAUCGCCGUCCUCGCGAUUUAUCCUGUCUUCUACGUUCGUGGUUCCGACCCCGUGCCUCUCCAGGCUGUGGUGGGUGUAUCAGCUCCUUUUGACCAGACAUUUGGCGGCUUUGUUGGAACAGUGGUUGGGGCCUGGCUUGGAGCUGUUCCCAUUCCUCUCGACUGGGAUCGCGAGUGGCAGAAGUGGCCCGUCACCAUUGUUGUCGGUGCUUACAUUGGAUAUAUCGUUGGAUCUCAGAUCUUGGGAACCGUUUUCUUUGGAAAGCGGUGGGAAGUCACUCCUGAAAUCAAGGAGGAAUAAGCUAUUGUUUCAUGGUAAGAACAAUAGCCAUUUUCUCAAGAUGCCCGUUUGAUAGGUGGGCUGGGAUUUACAGAGAUAUUUCUGGCUUUGGGUACAUUGUCAUGUGCCAUGGCAAAAAGUUUGAUAUAAUGAGAUCGCCUACUAUCAUAGCGAAGAAUACUUAAUAACGAUACUGUAUUGGCUUGCCGCUGCUCCACUGAUCAGAAACGAAUUCAUAGCCAUGAUAGAAAUACGUAUGUAUGCUGUGCGAUUGGUCGAACGUGUCUUCCUCC